AUGAGUACUCUUGUCCUUGCUCCCUCAUCUCAUCAUCAUCAUCAUCGUCCACCACAACCAUCCCAAUUAGCGAUCCAUACACAGCGACAACAGUCAAAUACGAUUGCCAAAACGAAACCGCGUUCUACACUCGUUGAUCCACUUCAUGCACGGUAUUUAAUUGCUCAUAAGCUUGCAUCUGGCGGUUUUGCCGACGUCUACGCCGGUGUACGGAAGAAAGAUGGAAUGCCUGUAGCAUUGAAAGUGAUACCGAGAAAGCGCGUGACAGAAAUCAAUACGCCUGAUGGCAAACUACCAUUGGAAGUUGUGCUAUUACGUCGUGUAGCUAAAGUGAAAAAUGUUAUACAUAUGUUGGAAUAUUUUAUACAUAAUGAUCAACUUGUUAUUGUACUUGAACGACCUGAACAUUGUUGUGAUCUAUAUGAUUUUAUUUGUGAACGUUCAGGCGGAUUAGACGAACGAUUAGCGCGAGAUUUUUUUAAACAAAUUUUACAAAUUCUUAAAGAUGUCCAUGCAUGUGGGGUAAGACAAUGUGAAAACUUAAUUCAAUUUAUCCUUCAAAAACAAUUUCAAUUCUUGAAUAAAUCCUCAGAAAAUUUAAAACAUUAUUCAUCGCAAUCAUCCGACUUCUUUCUUCUCCUCUGCCGUUUGUUAUCCUAUGCAUAUUCACGAGGUAUUUCUCCUCCGAACAUUCAUCAACAACUAGACGAUGAAAUACAAUACUUGAAACGAAUUUCAUUACCAGUUGAUGAUCAUUUACUUCGUGGACAUAUCAAUAUUGCGAAAGAAUUACUGCAAUUUCAAACAAGCGAACGGAAACGUUACUAUGGAAUUGAUCAAACAUUAAUUCAACAGAUCGUGGAACAGUAUCUCUUUCCGGCAUCUACUUUACUGUAUAACUUUCGUUUGUUACGACGAAAACGACUUUCAAAACAAUCAAUCGUGACCACUGAAACGGCACAUAAUGACGAAGAUAAUGAAUUGGAUCUACUUAAAGAACCACCUGUCGCUAUUUGCCAAACACCCAUGUCAACAUUAGCAGCAUUUGACUUGCUAGUUGUGUUAGGAACGAACUGUAUUGAAAAUUUGAAGCUUAUCGAUAAAUAUAUCACUGAUCUGUUCUACACAGUCCCUGAUUCCAGUUUGAACGAAUGGGACUUUGCGCCACUUGUUGGCCCACGUCCAAAUCGUAGCUUCGUAGGUUUGAAAAACGGCGGUGCAACAUGUUAUAUGAAUUCGGUUUUUCAACAAUUGUUUAUGAUUCGUCCAUUACGUACGGCCUUGUUAUCAGUGAAGAUUCCACCUGGCCAUGGCGAUGAUGAAACAGACGAUGAUGAUCAACGUCGAGAUAACUUUGAUUCGUUCUCCGAUACAAAAUUCUUUCUCAAAGAUAGUCAAUCGAUGACAUCACCGACGAAACAGCAAGAAAUAACGAAUACGACGGAAACAUCACCGAAGAAUACUACCAACGAACGAAAUGAAUAUAAUAUUCAAAUCUUUCGUCAUAUACAGUGGAUAUUUGGACAUUUGCUUGAAUCGAAAUUACAAUUUUAUAUUCCCCGAGGUUUUUGGAAAAUAUUUAAAUUUUCUGGAGAACCGGUGAAUCUACGUGAUCAACACGAUGCAGUCGAAUUUUUGAACACUGUUGUUGAUAGUAUUGAUGAAGCAUUAAAAUCUCUAAAUUUACCGCAAAUAUGUUCGCAAGUAUUAGGCGGAACAUUUGCUGAUCAAAAGAUAUGUAAAGAUUGUCCACAUCGCUAUUCACGUGAGGAAGAUUUUACAUUGAUAAGUGUAGAUAUUCGACAUAGUCAAAAUCUGAAAGAAUCUCUUGAACAGUAUGUUAUUGGAGAAUUACUCGAUGGACCUAACGCUUAUUUUUGUGAGAAAUGCAAUAAAAAGGUGGACACAAUAAAACGAACUUGUUUUAAAAAGUUACCACCCAUUCUUGCUAUUCAACUUAAACGAUUCGAUUAUGACUGGGAACGUGAAACACCGAUAAAAUUCAAUGAUUAUUUCGAGUUUCCCAGAGAAUUAGAUAUGGAACCGUACACAGUACACGGUCUUGCAAAAGCUGAAGGCAUGUCGGUGAUUGACGAAAGUGCUGAUGACGAUUCGAAAUCAAACAAUGGAGGCACAAGAUAUAAACUUGUUGGUAUUAUUGUACACAGUGGACAAGCAAACGGUGGUCAUUAUUAUUCAUUCGUACAGCAUAAAGAAGAAUCAAAUCCAUCAGAUUCUUUGCAUUGGUAUAAAUUUGAUGAUACGGAUGUAAGCGAAUGCAAAAUGGAUGAUGAGGAAGAACUUCGAUCUCAAUGUUUUGGUGGCGAUUAUCCAGCACAAUCAUUCGAUCAGCCAGUGAUGAAACGUCAACGUCGAUGGUGGAAUGCCUACAUUCUAUUCUAUGAACAGAUGACUACUGAACAAAUUGAAAACGAGAAUAGUUUAGAAAAAAAUCUUUCUCGAUUACAACUCUAUGAUCAAACUCAGCGAAUGCCACUAUCAGUUCAACGCAGUGUUCGAAAACAAAAUAUUAAAUUCCUUCACAAUCGCAUACAUUUCAGUCCAGAAUAUUUUCAUUUUAUGAAACGACUUGUUCAAAGUAAUGUUCAAGUUAUAGUCACGUUCUUUCAACAGCAACAACAACAACAACAACAGUCGCAUGGAGAUAAAUUAACUCUAACUAAUACGAUUGAAACGAUCGAAGAACUAGCUUUAGUCAGUGUUCAAAUCGCUACAAAAUUUCUUUUUUCAGUUGGCUGGCGAACGAAGAAAGCUUUGCGUGGACCUGCUAACGAAUGGACUGAAUUGAUUAUACAUUGUCUUCGUUGGUCAAGAAAAGCUCGAUACUAUCUCGCAGAAGAAGUGCUAUUUAAACAUCCAAGUCGUUUUCAAGAAUAUCUUAUUGAUUGUACAUCUGCUGAAAUUCGUAAUGCAUUUGGAAAAAUGCUUGUUGCUUUGGCUAGUCACUCUCGACAAGAUGAACAAACAACAGACAUUAGCACAGAUGAUAUUAAGACUUAUUUAACUGUAGAAGAAUCGAUACUUAAUCACGUCUUACGAUUACUUAAAAAGGAAAUGCCGGACAAUGUCAAAAUGCUGACGCAAUACUUUCAAUUCUUUGUUAAUUAUUCAUCUAUCGGUCGUCAUGAAUGUGAACAAUUAAUACGUCUUAAUGUUCCAACAUUAUUUGUAAAUCUUGCCAAUGAUGAUAGUUCCUCAUCAUCAUGUUCAACAUUACCUCGUUAUGGCGAACCAGCUAAACUAUUUGUGAUACUUUCAACAUUAAUUCGUUGUUUCGAUGUUUCUAGCCAUUGUAGAUCACGACAAUCCGAUGCUGCACUCUUGCCCAAUCCAUAUUAUACACAAGACAAUGAUCCAAUCUGUCCCAUGCCACAACAAAUGGCUGAUAUAAUCUACAAACGAGAUAUAUUUCUCAAAAAGAUCAUCGAAAAUUCUGGUUCUUGUGAAGAAUCGCUUCGUCUGCUUCGUUUUCUCGUUUGGGAAAAUCCUGAAGUAACAUCUGUCGUACUCAAUGAAAUCAUCACUCUACUGUCAAUGUAUCAUACAUACGAUUUUCGUGCUCAUCUCGAUGUACUUUAUACAGUUUUGAUCACGGAGGAUUCUUGGCAAGAAGUUCGAUUACUUUAUGCACUCAAAGGCGUUCCAAUGUCAAAUACACCGAAUGCGUCAGGAACAAGUCCGACAACAAGUUGUGGUUAUGAAUCGACUCCGCAAAAUUUAUUUGAUAUGUUCGUCAAAUCGAAAUCAACACAGCAGAAAAAAGCAUAUCAUUGCAUCAAAACUCUCGUACAAUUAUUUUCAAAUUGUCAAAAAGCUAAUCAUAUAUUAAAAACUGAUGCAGAUAUGAAACAACGUUGGUCACAAGCUGUACGUUGGUUGCAUGAACAAUUAGACCGAUCAUAUAAUAAUAUACAAACAAAUUAUCCCUAUUAUGCAUCUCAAGGACCUGUUACCAGCAAUGAUAUGUCACAAGGAUGUUUCAUCGAACGAACUCAAAGUGCUCGAUCAUUGCUUGACAAAGCUGUUGAAUUAUAUCCUGAAAUGGUGGAAAACGAUGAUGCUGGUUCUAAUAGUGAUGAUUUGGAAGACGAUGAACCAAUGGAGAAUGUUUCGCCUAAUGUUGUUAUUAAGAAUGUCGGUGGUAACGUGUCAUCGAAGAUGACGCCAACAUCAUCACGUCGUCCGAACUCUCCAUCGGUUGUUAAUAGUAGUUUGAAUCAACGAAUCUCACCAUCACCAGUUCAACAGAAUAAAUCAAUGCAACAGCAGCAUCAUCAUCCUCGAUCUUAA